AAGGAAAGAGAGAGAGAGAUACAGAGACAGAGUGAAAGGGAGAGAGAAAAAGAGUUUGAGAGAAAGGAAAAAAGCUGCAGUCUCAUUUGCCAGUGGUCUCACGCGCACGUCCAACCCGGAAUCUGUCCUUCCUUUUUUGUUGUGUUAGAUCUGCGUUGCCCCUUCUUUCCAACUAGACUGAGAGAUCUAAGUUUACACCCUCUUGUGCUUGGCAAGGCCUUCUGUACUUUUUUAAAUGUAGAACACAUCGUGUUUUUUUUUUUUCAUUUUCUGUUUGACUUGCAUCUUUUUUUUUCUUUUGCUAUUCCCUCCGAUUUGAUCCUUUGCGUGAAAGGCGACGGCUAGAAAAAAGAUUGCCAACCAAACCCACUCCUCAUCUACCUAACACUAGCCCCCCCCCCAUAACAGACUGACUCCAGAAUUUUCGAACCUAGUUGCGAGACUUGCCAUGAUGAGAAUACCGAAUGGUAACUAUAUCCAAACUGACAUAAUAAAGAAAUAGCCACAUGGAAGUAGUGGUGACAAGAUCAUUUUAACUCCAUUACUUCCACAACAGGCAUUUUUUUAAUGAUUUUUCUUCUUAAGACGGCUAAAUGGAUACACAGGUUACCUACUUUUUUAAAAAAAAUGGCGGUCCAGUUUCUGCCCAGAGGUUGUCGUUUGCAGAAGGGUUUAAGGUAGCAAUUGGGGAUGAAUUCCAUCCUUUUAUUGAGGCCCUCCUUCCACAUGUUCGUGCCUUUUCAUAUACGUGGUUCAAUCUGCAAGCCCGGAAACGUAAAUAUUUCAAAAAACAUGAAAAACGGAUGUCCAAGGAGGAGGAGAGGGCAGUGAAGGAUGAACUCUUAGGAGAAAAGCCAGAAAUAAAGCAGAAAUGGGCAUCCAGGCUAUUGGCCAAGCUUCGGAAGGACAUCCGUCCUGAAUUCCGAGAAGAUUUCGUUCUAACCAUUACAGGGAAGAAGCCCCCCUGUUGCGUUCUUUCAAACCCGGACCAGAAGGGCAAGAUCCGGCGGAUCGACUGCCUGCGGCAGGCUGAUAAGGUGUGGCGACUGGAUCUGGUCAUGGUCAUUUUGUUCAAAGGGAUUCCUCUUGAAAGUACUGAUGGGGAGAGACUCUACAAAUCUCCUCAGUGUUCAAAUCCUGGCCUAUGUGUCCAGCCUCAUCACAUUGGUGUUACAGUCAAGGAAUUGGAUCUAUAUUUGGCCUACUUUGUACACAGUCCUGGUAGGUCUACCUUUGCAUGUGUCUUCUAA